AUGGCUUCAGCAGUUCCAGUCAUCAUUGGCGUGGCCGAUGUGGUCAAUCGAUCCACCAAGGUCGAAGAUGCCCGAGAGCCGGUAGACCUGAUGCACCAGGCUAUCAUUGAUGCGAUCAAUGACACCGGUCUCAUAGCACAGGCCACUACCCUCCAGUCAGCUAUCGAUAGCAUUGACAUCGUCAAUACCUGGACUUGGCCGUAUCCUGACCUCCCUGGCCUUCUGUCUAAAAAGCUGGGCGUUGAUGCCAAACAUCGGCUUCUCAGCCCUCAUGGCGGCAAUCAGCCUGGCUUGCUCUUCGAUGAAGCUGCCAAACGAAUUACACUCGGACAGACCAAGGUGGCCGUCGUUACUGGCGGCGAGGCCCUGGCUUCCUUGACGGCCUGUGCUGCGGCCAAGAAGAUCCCACCCCCUGGCUGGUCCCAGCCCAGUCAGGCAGUCUCCAGCGUCUUCUCGCCUACCACACGAGAACUCAAGGAUAAUCUCGGCUCAAUUCAUGAUAUAGGAGCGCCCAUUCAUGUGUAUCCGCUGUUCGAGAACGGCUUUCGAGCACACCGCAAGCAGUCCAUCCGUGCAAACAACCAUGAAUCCGCCAAGCUGUAUGGCCGGUUCGCCAAAAUCGCGGAGAGCAAUCCCUAUGCCUGGAACUAUGGCAAGGAGGUGACUGAGGAAACCAUUGCCACAGUCAGCAAGAAGAACCGCAUGAUUUGCUUUCCUUAUCCAUUGCUAAUGAAUGCUUUUAACACUGUCAAUCUUGCCGGAGCUGUCGUUCUGACAUCCACGGAUUUCGCAAAACAACUCGGCGUCGACCAAAGCCGGUGGAUCUACCCCUUGGGUGCGGCAGGAACACAGGACAGUGGCGACUUCUGGCUUCGACCAAACUUCCAUUCUAGCCCUAGCAUAUCACGCUCCAUCGACGCCGCCCUGCAAGUCAGCAACCUCCAGAAUUCCGACAUCGAUCUGCACGACAUCUACAGCUGCUUCCCCAUCGUGCCCAAAUUCGCCGCAGACCAUCUCGGCCUCUCCACAGAUGGCUCACAAAAAUCACUCACCCUUCUGGGCGGCCUCACCUCCUUCGGCGGCGCCGGCAACAACUACUCCAUGCACGCAAUCACCGAAAUGACACGUCAACUCCGCACCAAUAAGGGCCGCAACGGCCUCAUCCUCGCCAACGGCGGCGUCGCGACCUACCAGCACGUGCUCUGCCUCUCGAGCCAGCCACGGCCCACGGGCUCCCCAUACCCCACCACCAACCCCCUACCAGACACCAUCACCGACGUUCCCGUCCCAUCCAUCGCCGACAUCGCCGAGGGCGAAGCCAUCAUCGAGACCUACACAGUCGAAUUUACCCGCUCCGGCGCCCCCUCGCGCGGCCACGUCGUCGGCCGCCUAACCUCCAACGGCCACCGCUUCCUCGCCAACCACGCCGACGCCGCCACCCUGCAGCAGCUGUGCAGCACGGUGCGCGAGCCGAUUGGGCGCGUGGGGCACGUCAGGCCGGAUGGGGAGCGGAAGGGGAGGAAUUUGUUUGCCUUUGCUGCGGCUGAGGAGGCGGAGGGGGGUGAGAUGGAGAGGAAAGGGGUAAGUCGGCUUUGA